AUGUCAGAUAUUCGACCGUUGUCUCAACAUCUGAGAAAUGUUGCAAAUUUUAAUCAACAAUUAUUUAAUGAUACUAGAAAUAUACCACCACAACAACAAUUUGAAGAAAGAGGUAGAACAAUAAGUAAAGAUUCUUUGUUAAAACCAGAUAAUUUCAAUAAUACAAGAGAUACUUCAAGAUCAACUUCAGCUUCUUCUAUAAAUCUCAUACCUUCAAAAGAUCAACAACAACAACAACAACAAAACCGUAAAAAAAGCUCAAGAGCUCAUCAUGAAUUAUUACAGCAAGCUAUAUUAAAUCAAAACCAGCAAUUUAAGUCAUCAUUGACUAGAUCUAUAUCAGCUCAUGGAAUUCCACAUAUUGAUCAAACUCAUCAACAAAUUAAAAGACAAUUGAAUAAUAACACCACCACCAAUAGUGAUCAACAACUAAAACAAAGACCAGGUUUCAGAAGAUGGAACUCUUAUCAAAUUCCUGACACAGCAAAAGAAGAUUCAACAAAUUUUAUAGGUAAAGAUUCAGUAAGUCCAUUAACAGUAUUAAAAGAUGAAUAUAAUACCAAGAGACCAAUAGUCAAUAAUGCAAUGAAUAUGUCAACUGAUAACUCAUUUAAAGAACUAGAAAAAAUACGACGUGAAAGUAAAAACAAAGACAAUGAACAUUUUCAACCAAACUUAUAUGAAAAAAUGAUCCAUAUGGCUCAAUCAGGUGUUAAUUCAUUAAAAUCAUUGACUGAAAAAUCAUCAACUUUAAUACAAAGUGAACUGGAUGAUGAAGAAGAUUCAAAUUUUGUGGAAUCACUAGAUGAAAUUAAUGUUGAUUCACAACAAAAAGAAACUCAAUAUCCUAUUGAAAAUUUAGAAACAGACUACAAGUUCCCAAAUGAUAUAAAUGAAAUAAUAAAAGAUAUAACUAAUUUUCAAAAUUUUGAUUCAAAAGAUCAACACCACCCCAAAUUAAAUAGAACUCAACAAAAAUUAAUGGAUUAUAAAAAAUUAUACGAAUAUGAAUCUAAAAAUUCAAAUUCAAAAGAUUUAAAUUCAAUUUCUUAUGAUAACAAGAUACAAAAUGAAACUAUAUUAUCUCAAUAUACUACAAUAAGAUUAAGAUUUUCAUCAAAAGAAAUAAAAAAAAAAAAAAUAUGUAAUGAUGUUGGAGUUUUAGGUUUUAUAAAAAGAUUUAAUGAUAAUGUCUUACCUACAAAUAAUAAUCAAAUUACCAAAAAAGAAUUUAAUGGUGACACUGAUGAAUUAUUAAAGAAGAUAUGGGAAUCGGAUAAAAUAUAA